AUGGCGGAAUUACCGGACGAUAACGCGCCUUCGGGCCCUCCCUCGCCGAUGAGUACGCGACGACCGAGAUUCGACUCUCGGAGAAGCUCGGUCGGAGGAGAGCCGGAUGAGCGCUCCCCUCUGCUUCUGGGUGGCGCAAGAUCAAGAAGGCGUCUUCACCAAUCCGGUCCGGAGAGCCCAAAGUAUCUGACUCCGGGCCUGUCAAGAAAUCAUAGCACUGCCGGGAGCAUCAGAAGUUUACACCACAGUCGCAACCCGUCCUUGGGCCAACGCCUCUCACAUGCCUUCUCCGACUUUCCCGAUCCGAUGAGCGAGUCGAAACGAUCAAUACAACCCAACGAGCGCGUAUGGUACGAUCAGUUUACAUCCACCGACUGGGUCCAUGAUAAUAUCAUCGAUGCCCACCGAGUCAAGGCUCUGAAGAUGCGCAAGGACUUUCGGGGAAGGUUAUAUGCCAUCUUCGACGCUUCACAAGGAUGGAUUCUGAGUGCGCUAUGCGGUUUCAUCGUCGCCCUCGUCGCCUACGUAGUCAACUUAUCGGAAGCCACUGUCUUCGAUUAUAAGUACGGAUAUUGCGCGCGGGGCUGGUACAUUAGCGAGAGACAAGGCCCUUGCGAAGAUUGGCAAACCUGGUCCGAGGUUUUGAGGUUUUGGCCAUUUGGAGAUGUAGGCACCGAAUUCACCAUCUAUUUGGUUGGCUGCGUUAGCUUGGCAGGCAUCGCCUGUGCCAUGACCUUGACCACAAAGACCGUGGUACCCUCGGCAUACCGGAUGACGACGUUCGACGAAAACCUCGCGGCAGAGCUUGCGCCGUACGCAGACGAUCCGACGAGCGACGAAAGCCCGACUCCCCCAGAAGUCGUUGAGGCGAUUGAGGCCGCUGUACCUCCCCCGAUGGUGUAUUACUCUGCUGCCGGGAGUGGGGUGGCCGAAGUGCGUGUCAUUCUCAGUGGUUUUGUCCUGCACGGUUUCCUCGGUGUGAAAACCUUGGUCAUCAAGUCUGCCGCUCUCAUUCUCAGUGUGGCGUCCGGCCUCAGCCUCGGCAAAGAAGGCCCCUACGUGCACAUUGCUACCUGUAUUGGAAACAUUGCUUGCCGUCUCUUUUCCAAGUAUGACAAGAACGAUGCCAAGAGGCGCGAGGUGUUGUCUGCAGCUGCAGCUGCAGGUGUGGCCGUCGCUUUUGGCGCUCCUCUAGGAGGUGUUCUCUUCGGUCUCGAGGAAGUCUCGUAUUUCUUCCCAGCGAAGACACUCUUCCGCACCUUCUUCUGCUGUAUUGUAGCCGCACUAUCGUUGAAGUUCCUCAACCCCUACGGCACACACAAGAUUGUAAUGUUCCAAGUCAAGUAUGUGGCAGAUUGGCACUACUUUGAGAUCGUCUUCUAUAUCGUCAUCGGCAUCCUGGGUGGUGCUGCCGGUGCUCUUUUCAUCAAAGCCUCUAAGCACUGGGCCAAAUCAUUCAGAAGGAUCACUUUCAUCAAGACGUAUCCAAUGCUCGAGGUACUUCUGGUUGCUGUCGUCACCGGUAUCAUGAGUUAUUGGAACGUCCACACAAAGCAGCCUGUGGCCAAACUGAUGCUUAACCUUGCAGCCCCAUGUCACGACGGCUCCGGUCGCGAAGACUAUGGCCUCUGCCCAACUGCUAUGAAGGACAUUCCACCUGUGCUUCUCAGCCUUUUCACUGCAUUCCUUAUCAAAGGUUUCUUGACGAUCAUCACGUUUGGCAUUAAAGUUCCUGCCGGUAUCUACGUUCCGUCCAUGGUGGUCGGCGGUCUCAUGGGCAGACUUGUCGGCCAUGUGGUGCAGUACAUGGUUCUGCUUUGGCCCGACUUUGGGUUGUGGGGGGCAUGUGCCGCAAAGGAGGCGGGAUCCUGCAUUCAGCCGGGAGUAUACGGUCUCAUUGCUGCUGGAUCAACCAUGUGCGGUGUAACCCGACUCUCAGUUACACUUGCAGUCAUUCUGUUCGAGCUUACCGGCAGCUUGGAUUAUGUUCUGCCAUUCUCUCUGGCAAUCUUGGUGGCCAAGUGGACUGCGGACGCCAUUGAGCCGAACAGCAUCUACGAUCUCCUGACAAGCAUGAACUCGUACCCCUUCUUGGACAACAAGCACAAGCCCAUUUUCACUUCGGAUCUUGCAGACAUCGUUCCUCGUGUCCGACGUGAACGCGUCAUUGACAUCAGCGCCUCUCCAGUGGUGUCUGCAGUCAGCCUUCGCAGCAAGUUGCAGACCCUCCACAGAGCUGGAGAGAUUGACGGAGGUCUUCCCAUCAUCCGGGAUGGCAUCCUUGUUGGCCUAAUCCCCGCUCCAGACUUGGAAUUUGCUCUCGAUAACUUGGAUGACGAGGCAUCAAGCAUGUGCUUGAUGGCCCAAGUUGCAACCAUUGAGGACUCUGAUGAUGAUGAUGGUGAGACGGACAAGACUGAUUUUACUCCAUACAUCGACCCUGCACCUGUGGCUUUGGACAUGCGAUCCCCUAUGGAUCUUGUUUACGAGUGUUUCGUCAAGCUCGGUCUGCGCUUCGUGUGUGUGCUGAAGAAUGGACGUUAUGCAGGAAUGGUACAUAAGAAGAGCUUCGUGAGAUACAUGCGGGAUCUUGAGGAGAAGGAGGGCCAUUGA